AGUUUCAGGGACAGUCACCACCAAGCCCGACCCUGCAAAAGGGCGUAACGGGACUUCGGGGCAAACUUCGGGGCAAACUUCAGGUCCCGCUGCCGCUCGCCCGCCAACCCCCUCCGCCAGGGAGCCGGCGCGUCUCCACGUUCCGCCCAGGCGUCGCUGAGUGGCGGCGGCGGGGAGAAUGCGCGCGGCGCAGCCAAUCCGGGCGCGCUCCUGCGCCCCCUGCCCGCCCCCGACCUUCCAGCGCAGAGCAGGACACUGGCGCCGCGGGGCACGCAGCUGCGUGCGCGUCUCCUCCGGGCAGCAAAGGGAACCCCAGGCCGCCGGCGCCCCGACCAUGUCUUCUCCGGGGCCGCCGCAGCCCCCGGCCGAGGACCCGUCCUGGCCCGCGCGCCUCCUGCGUGCGCCUCUGGGGCUGCUGUGGCUGGACCCGACCGGGGGUGCGCUGCUGCUGUGCGGCCUCGUAGCGCUGCUGGGCUGGAGCUGGCUGCGGAGGCGCCGGGCGCGGGGCAUCCCGCCCGGGCCCACGCCGUGGCCCCUGGUGGGCAACUUCGGUCACGUGCUGCUGCCUCCCUUCCUCCGGCGGCGGAGCUGGCUGAGCAGGAGGACCAGGGCCGCAGGGAUUGAUCCCUCGGUCGUGGGCCCGCAGGUGCUCCUGGCUCACCUAGCCCGCGUGUACGGCAGCAUCUUCAGCUUCUUUAUCGGCCACUACCUGGUGGUGGUCCUCAGCGACUUCCACAGCGUGCGCGAGGCGCUGGUGCAGCAGGCCGAGGUCUUCAGCGACCGCCCGCGGGUGCCGCUCAUCUCCAUCGUGACCAAGGAGAAGGGGGUUGUGUUUGCACAUUAUGGUCCCGUCUGGAGACAACAAAGGAAGUUCUCUCAUUCAACUCUUCGUCAUUUUGGAUUGGGAAAACUUAGCUUGGAGCCCAAGAUUAUUGAGGAGUUCAAAUAUGUGAAAGCAGAAAUGCAAAAGCAUGGAGAAGACCCCUUCUGCCCUUUCUCCAUCAUCAGCAAUGCCGUCUCUAACAUCAUUUGCUCCUUGUGCUUUGGCCAGCGCUUUGAUUACACCAAUAGUGAGUUCAAGAAAAUGCUUGGUUUUAUGUCACGAGGACUAGAAAUCUGUCUGAACAGUCAAGUCCUCCUGGUCAACAUAUGCCCUUGGCUUUAUUACCUUCCCUUUGGGCCAUUUAAGGAAUUAAGACAAAUUGAAAAGGAUAUAACCAGUUUCCUUAAAAAAAUCAUCAAAGACCAUCAAGAGUCUCUGGAUAGAGAGAACCCUCAGGACUUCAUAGACAUGUACCUUCUCCACAUGGAAGAGGAGAGGAAAAAUAAUAGUAACAGCAGUUUUGAUGAAGAGUACUUAUUUUAUAUCAUUGGCGAUCUCUUUAUUGCUGGGACUGAUACCACAACUAACUCUUUGCUUUGGUGCCUGCUGUAUAUGUCGCUGAACCCCAAUGUACAAGAAAAGGUUCACGAAGAAAUUGAAAGAGUCAUUGGUGCCAACCGAGCUCCUUCCCUCACAGACAAGGCCCAGAUGCCCUACACAGAAGCCACCAUCAUGGAAGUGCAGAGGCUAACUGUGGUGGUGCCGCUUGCCAUUCCUCAUAUGACCUCAGAGAACACAGUGCUCCAAGGGUAUACCAUUCCUAAAGGCACAUUGAUCUUACCCAACCUGUGGUCGGUACAUAGAGACCCAGCCAUUUGGGAGAAACCGGAGGAUUUCUACCCUAAUCGAUUUCUGGAUGACCAAGGACAACUAAUUAAAAAAGAAACCUUUAUUCCUUUUGGGAUAGGGAAGCGGGUGUGUAUGGGAGAACAACUGGCAAAGAUGGAAUUAUUCCUAAUGUUUGUGAGCCUAAUGCAGAGUUUCACAUUCGCUUUACCUAAGGAUUCUAAGAAGCCCCUCCUGACUGGAAGAUUUGGUCUAACUUUAGCCCCACAUCCAUUUAAUGUAACUAUUUCAAGGAGAUGAAGAGCAUCUCCAAGAAGAGAUGGUAAAAAGAUAUAUAAAUACAUAUCCUUCUAAGCAGAUUCUUCCUACUGCAAGGGACAGUGAAUCCAGCAACUCAGUGGAUCCAAGUUGGGCUCAGAGAGGUCGGAAGGAGGGUAGAGCACACUGGGAGGUUUCAUCUUGGAGGAUUCCUCAGCAGGAUACUUCAGCCAUUUUAGUAAUGCAGGUCUCUGAUUUGGGGGAUAGAAACCAAAGUACCUAGGAAACGGGAUAUCUGGAUUUUACUUGCAGUGGCUUCCACCAAUGGGCCGAUCUUCUCAUUUCUUAGUGCCUCAGAAAUCCCAUAUGUAAAAUGAGAGUAAUAAAACUUGGCUUCUCUCUACCUCUCAGCACUAAUGAUGGUCAAAUGCCUUACAUCUUUUCUGAUAUCUCUAAAAUGCUGUUAAGUUCUGGAGAAGAACUUCAGGAGAAGAAGACCUAUCAGCUGGCUUUUAAAGACCUGUGACAACAUGAAAGUGGUGUUCAGCCUAGAAUGCUUUGUCAGAGAUGGGUGUGGAUUUAGGUUAUACUGGGGGAGAACUUUUCUCAGCACAGAUUCUAUGCCAGCUUCUUUGGGCUUGUUCUGUUACUAUCUUUUUGUUUAUACUUUUUGUAGAUGUGGGAUGAAGUGGACUCUGUCAUGUAUAUUGAGGAAAAAAGAAAUUAUAAUUUUAAAAAAUACCUUGUAGGAUUAUUAUCUAAAUUUAUAUGUCUACCUUCUACUACAAGUACAGGAACAGUGAGCCUUGCUACUUCUUUAGUAGCUUCAUGGCAUAAUUCCUUUCUACUGAGUUAUUUGCAAAGAUGCAGCUCUACCUUUUUACUUAAGGCCUGAAUGGUGAGCAUGGGGAUUUUGAUACUGGGACUCAUCAAGAAAGGAUUCUGCUUUCAAACUAUACUGAACAUUCCUGUCCUAGCCUCCCUGCCACCAGGCCCAAUGUAUCUGAUCCUUGAAUAUACUCUCAAAGAAUUCACUCUCUUUUUAUUAAGAGAACUAAAUUGUUUCUAAAUGUAGAUGGUCCCUCUGGAAGAGCAGUUUUCAGCAGGGUUGGUAACCCCUUCAGAGGGACUUUGGAAAUGUGUGGGUAUGUUUCUUGGUUAUCAUAAUGAUGGGGGUGCUACUGGCCUUCUGCUGCCAUGGAACCAGGAUGCUAAAUGUCAAGAUAGUCCUAUACAGUGAAGAAUUGUCCUGCUCAAGAUGCCAGGAUUUCCCCCAGUGAGAACAUGCUCCAAAGAACGACCACCCCUUUCUUUUAUUCUCCCACAGUGCUCCAUGUACAGAAGUAAGCAUAGCAGUCAUAUGAGCAACCAUAUUCCUGAACCUUUCCUCAUGCUGGCUCUACACUUAAUCCUUUACUUGUAUGUUUCUGUAAUUCUUACAGAAAUUCUAUUAAGAGGGUGGCAUACUGUAGUGGAUGAAGCUGAGGCUUAUAGAAGGUAAGGCACAAAGUUAAAAAGUAACAUCACUGGAUUUCAAACCUACUGGUCUCUGUGACUAAAGAACACUUUCAGAACCACUUCUCGAUUCUGCCACCACUUGAUCCCAUAACAGGCUACCCCUUGGCCUCAUGCUGGAGUUGUGUGUGUCCGUCUUCAUCCCAGGCUGAGCUCCUUGAGGUUAGGAUGUUGUGCUGUUUGCCUCCCUCACAGUGCCUUGGUCUUAGUGGAUGCCCAGUCGUCUUGUGAAUGACUUUUAAGAAGUGUACUUAACAGAAAAAUCCCACCUUAUUUGAAUAAUUACAAGUCAUAUUUUUGUUGCUUAAAGGUGAUAAAUCAAUGUAUGUUAUUUGUUAAUGUCCAUUAAAGCCAAUUUUUUAAGAAA